AUGUUUCACCAAACACUGACUCUUCCAGGUCACCCUCAGUGUCCCCGCUGGCAUCGGAUGGCUCUGGGGAUCGGCUGGGCUGGGAACAUCGUCCUGCUGGGAGCUGUGGUAGCGAUGGGCAUGUGGGGAAAUUUUAAGGGCCUGGGGAAUGACGGUGCCAAUGAGAGAACCAGCUACGGCUAUAACUGCAGCACUGAGCUGAAGGAUUUUCCAUUCUGCUUCAAACAGUUUCUAUGUGAACCUCCAUCCAGCAACUCAAGAGAAGCAUCAGGGUGCAAGCUCUGCCCCCCAAACUGGCUGCUGCACAUGGACAAGUGCUACUGGGUGUCUAAAGAAAAAACUCCCUGGAACAAGAGCCGCGACGACUGUUCAAAGAGGAGUGCUCGACUGUUAACGAUUCGAGAUCAGGAUGAGAUGGCCUUCAUACAAACUACUUCCAAAGAUACAAACCAGAUCUGGCUUGGACUCACCAUUACAUUCCCUGCAAGGAAAAGGAUUUGGGUGGACGGCUCCCUGUUAAAUCAAACACUGUUCAAGGUAGUGGCUCCUGCAGAAGGGAACAGCUGCGGGGUGAUAAAAGCAGAUCAGAUUCAUUUUGAAACCUGCAGUGCUGUAUCGAAAUGGAUUUGUGAAAAAGACGCUCUUCUGAUAUAGACAGUGACAUUAGUGCUCUGCACUUGUAUGUGCGAAGGACAAAUCCUCUGUAGUGUCAGUCUGUCACGUGAAUGAUGAAUAGCGUAGGUGAGCUUCAAAGGGAAAAAAUGGACUUAUGCCCUUUCCACUUCCCUGCUUUUAUAAGGUGGAUAGAAAUGUCCCCGAAGCCUUUUCUUGCAUUUGAAAUUCAGGUCCUGUCUGGGCUGGAUGAUUAUAGUGAAGGGAGAACCAGUGAAAAGACAUCACAAGUAGAGCUAGGGGGAAAUUUUCCAAUAUAUAGUUUAUUUGCCAAAAAAGGCAGUUUGGGGCUGAACAAGACUAUUCACAAACUGGUGUUGACUUCACUGAAUAGUUUCAGCCAAAAUAAAAACAAAUAAAUAAAAUUCAGGGUAGGCUCACAAGAGG